UCUUGCAUGUCAACUGAGUGGCAGAAGCCUAGCACUGGAAGGGACCAGAAGAUGUGAGCAAACACAGCUGUUUGUCUGAACUAGUUCACAACAGCUGGAGGCUCUGCCUCCCCCAUGCACCCAGCGUUAAACCCCAGAAGCUCUCCAGCACGCUGCAGCCCUCUCUCUCCCUCAGCAUCAUUUCCUCAGCAUCCCCCUUCCGAGUCCCUCUGGAGGGCUGCAACAAGACUUGGCAGUCCUAGAGGCCAUUUGCUCCCAAGCAGAUUAGCUAAAUAAAUGCUAAUAAAUAAAAACUAAGACAAUGGGGAGCUUUUUAAACUAUCUCAAAAAUCCCUUCUCCUCUCAGCCUGUCUGCAAUGUCCCAGCUCGUCCAUGCUUGCAGAGGGCAUAUCUAAAACCCACUUCCCCCGCAAACCCUCCAGGCAGCACACAGCCACAUUGCCAGCGAUGCCCAAUGCCAUGCACUGAGCUCAGCAAAGCCUGAAUUAACUCCUGCUGCUGCCCACCAGCAAACCCCCUCCAGUAGUGAACUGCAAAGCUGUAAAUGCCCCCGCACCCUUCCCCAGCCGCCUCACCAAGGCUGGGUUUGUCUCCCAGCAGCUAAGCUUAGUGCAAGGUGUGCAGCUAUUUGAGAUUAUCAAACCUUUUGUGUUUAACCAGCCCAAUCCCAAACACCCUUAAACCCCGAUCGAGGGAAGCUCUCGCCCCACUCCUCCUGACAGCAUCGCUGCUCGGGGUCCCGUCCGGAGUCCCGAGGUUUCGGGGAGGCUGGGGAGAGCCCUUCUCUCUCCGGCAUGCGAACAGGAGCUGGGCUGGCAGCAGGAUCCAGCCCCAGCAGGGAUCAGGUCUCGUAGCCAUAGCAGCAGCGUAUUUAUUACAGCCCGGCCGCACUCCACCCCGGGGCUGGUGGACUUUAGCCCUUAAUCGAAUAGAAAAGUAGCUGCAGACACCUCCGAUCCUGACGGGCAGCGUAAAACACAAGGAGGGCCCCCAAAAUAAUGGCAAAAUUUCUGUCCCAGGAUCAAAUUAAUGAGUUCAAGGAAUGUUUUUCCCUGUACGACAAGAAACAAAAAGGCAAGAUAAAAGCCUCUGACCUGAUGGCAGUGAUGCGAUGCCUGGGAGCCAGCCCGACGCCGGGAGAGGUGCAGAGACACCUGCACUUGCACAAGAUUGACAGAAAUGCAGAGCUGGAUUUCUCCACUUUCCUGAAUAUAAUGUACAGGCAAAUGAAGCAAGAGGAACCUGAGAGGGAAAUCCUCACGGCCUUGUCCAUGAUAGACAGGCAGAAAAGAGGCGUUAUCUCAGUUUCGGAGCUGAGAGCCAAACUUACAAGACUAGGAGAAAAGCUUUCCGAGGAAGAAGUUGAUGACCUGCUAAAAGAAGCCAAAGUUGGACCAAAUGGAACAAUAAAAUAUGAAGAAUUUGUCCGCAUCGUUUGUCUUCCUACAGUUGACUACUAAAAUUCAAAACGAGAUUUGAUAAGAGCAGGACCUGGAACUUUUUGACUUCAGUUCUUCCUAGUUACUACCUGGACUCAGGAAUCAUCAUUUGCCUUUACAAAUCCUUAUUUUGCCUUCAUGAUAGUGCUUACACUUACACAGGUUCCCACCCCAUUUCUGGAGAAAUGUUGUCACAAAAUGUGAGCUGUUACUUAAAUAAACUGAAUGUAACAUUC